AUGAGGGAAGUGAAUCUGCUCAACCGCUUUACACGGCAGUUCCUGUCGCUCAUCGUGUUGGUGACCCAGAUCUGCGGGGUCACCACCUUUGUGUACAACUCAAAAACGCAAUGCUUUCGGCACUCUGCAUUCCUGCGGUUUUACUCCAGCUUGGUUCUCAUUUUUUUGACACUAUUCAUCUUUGUGAACACAAGUAAAAUGUUCGAUAAUCUGCAAGCUGUGUGGCCAUAUGCGAUGGGCAGUGUUGUCAUCUUGGUGGUCAGAGUAUGUGGAUUUGUGGAAAGUCAGGAGAUCGUGGUGCUAUUAAACCAAAUGAUGCGAGUAAUGAGACAGGUGAAUCUUAUGGCCAGGCAUCCGAAUAUGUUCCGCCUGAAACAUUUGCUGCUCCUUCUUCUGACUCUGCAGAACCUUUUGAGAUCCCUAAACACGAUAGUGGGCAUAGGUAACUAUCCUGCUGAUGCUUAUGACACGCUGCUCAACAGCGUUCUACUGCUAAUUAUGCUGGCCUUCCUUCUGAGCUUCCUUCUCCAGAUCACCAUCAAUAUUUGCCUCUUUGUGGUGCUCAUUGCCAUGUAUAGCGAACUACACCAUUGCACCCGAAGAAUCUCAAAGGAUAUGGAUAAGCUACGGCUAUCUUCCGUCCUUGAAAGUGGUCAGUUUUUGGUUCUGAUGAGACAACUUCAACAAAUUGGCGAAAAAUUGAUUCGACUGCGCUAUAAUGUCUAUCACAUUACCCUCAGAAUCACACGACAUUUCCGACUUCAUUGGCUGUGUGCCACUAUCUACGGGUUAAUACCAUUUUUUAGUGUUACCGCUAAAGAUAAAAAUGGUUUAUACUUCCUUAUCAUUUCUGCAUUGAACAUAAUAUUCCAGUGGACUAUUUUUGCGAUGCUGUCACGUGAAUCAAGAAUCAGCAGAAGUUUAUGCACUUUUCACUUGACCAAUUACCAUAAGGAAACUGCUAAAACGAUUGAUGAGUUACUGCAUCAGGAAAUCUGGGAACGUGUCACAGUCACCAUAUACGGCAUUACACUGGACACGAAAUUGCUCUUCAAACUGCUAGCCAUCAGUGCCUUUUGCGCGUUUGUUAACCGACUGGAGUACUUGCACCUCCCGAGUCCUCAAUAG